UUCUCUUUACCAAAGUUGGUAUUUGUCUAUUUGAAACGAUUUCUGGUUAUCGUCGCAACUUGACCACUUUUUUAUGAGCUUGUGGAACUCUGAAAGAAGCCAUGGACCCGCCGGAGUUACCUGAGUGCCCGGUCUGCCUCCAGCCCUUCGACGGCGAAUCAACAAUCCCACGCGUCCUCGCCUGUGGCCACUCUACAUGCGAGACAUGCCUGAUCGACCUUCCAAAACCACCCUUCCCUCGUACCAUACGCUGUCCAGCUUGUACCCAGCUUGUCAGCUACCCAACACAAGGUCCUUCUGCCCUCCCCAAAAACAUUGACCUACUCCGCAUCUCCUCCUCUCUUCUCCAAUCUAACCCCGAUAGCCUCAACUCCAAACCUAAACCCCCCACCGUAUCAUCAUCGCCAGACUUCAUACCCAAUUUUUGGUCUAAUGAAUUUCACUAUAAUUGGAAGGAAUGGGUCAUUCCACGAGACACAAUUUCGGUAGACGCGAGUGUAGCUCUUGACGAGUCGUUUUUGCUUGGAACGGCUACAAAUUCGGAGGCUUCUUCUGGGAUGUCUUCCAGGUGUCUGAUGAAAAGUCAUCAAAAGGUGAGCCUGUUUAAAGUAGGUUCUUCUACUCAUAGUAACGAGAACAGAUUCAACUACAGUUACUUUGCGAAAGCUAUCUGGGUUUUGUUUAAAAUGAGGGAUGGUGCAUUAGCUGAAUUGAUGUUGAUUCUAACCGCAAGUUUGAAGGAAUAUCGAAUUUGUACUGCUUAUGGGUUGUGGUAUAACGAGGAGAAUGGGGAUUUAUAUCUGGUCUGUGAAAGGAAACAUACGACUUUGUUGAAUGUUAUUGAAUCAGACAUCCAAGAUGACAUAUCUAGUUUCGCCAUGAUUGGUAUGGAGUUAUGUGAAACCAUAAGUCGAUUGCAUGAAGCCGAGUUAGUAACUGGAUGUACUUCAUUAUCAUGCUUUGGUAUCGAUGAUUUUGGGCACCUAUUUAUCGACCUAAACGAUGUGUUCAUGGUUGGACAUAGAAUUCAAAACAUGAUCUCAGAGACCUUAUCGUUUGCAGAAAAUAAAGAUAGUAAAAGAUUGGAAAUGUACACAUUUCCUAGCCCAGAGUUGUUAGCAGAGUUUGUAAAGAAAAGAGACAUUGACUUGGAGUUUGGCAAGUCAACCAUUAGCUAUAGUUCAGAUGUAUGGUCGAUAGCUUGCAUAUUACUUUUGUUUCUAAUCGGGAAGUCUUUUGGUGAGGAGACACAAAACUUCUUGUGCAGUUAUAUAUUCACAUUAGUCAAUGAAAAUGGUGAUGAUUGUGAAGAGUUACACAUGGCAUGGUUGGAUAAAGUUUCUGGUUUGUUAGAUACUAAAUUGGGUUCAGACUAUGUCUUAAUGAAGGAUCUGUUGCACAAAUGUCUAUGUUUGGACCCUGGGACUAGACCAGUUGUGACUGACCUUUGGAAAUCCAUCAGGGAAUUGAUUAUCAAACCAAAGUUUGAGGUAAUGAGAAGUUUGGAAGAGAAAGUGAUAAAUAAAAGCACCUGUCACUGUUUGCUUCUAGGAGACUUGUCAUGGCCAUUAAAGAAACCUGAUAAAGUUGAUAAAAAUGGUUUUAAAGAUGGAGACUUGGUGGUGGAGAGUGGUGUCAUUGAGGGUAUUCGUGAGAAUUCCAUAAAAUGCACUGAUUUGAAAGGUCAUCUCGAUUGCAUAUCUGGAUUAGCUGUUGGAGGGGGGUUUCUUUUCAGCUGUUCAUUUGAUAAAACAGUGAACGUAUGGUCUCUCCAGGGUCUUAAUCAUGUACAUACAUUCAAGGGUCAUGAACAUAAGGUAAUGGCUAUAGUUUAUGUAAACAGAGAAGCUCCAAUAUGCAUAAGUGCUGAUAAUGGAGGUGAGAUUUUCAUGUGGGCCAUUAAAGUUCCAUUUGAGGAGAAUGCUUUCAAAAGACUGAAUGAGGAAAAAGAUUGGCGCUACAGUGGUAUUCAUGCCUUGGCUGUUUCUGAAGCUGGAUAUUUUUAUACAGGCAGCGGGGAUAAGACAAUAAAAGCCUGGUCAAUGCAUGAUUACAGUUUGACAUGUAGUAUGAGGGGUCACAAAUCAGUGGUGUCCACAUUGGCAGUUUGUAAUGAGGUUCUGUACAGUGGAAGCUGGGAUGGAAGCAUUCGGUUAUGGUGUUUAAGCGAUCACAGUCCUUUAGCAGUGUUGGGGGAGGAAGAAGCAGCAGCAUCACCUUUUGGCUCUAUUUUGUGUCUUGCUCUUGAUAACCAGACUCUUGUUGCAGCUCAUGAAAACGGAUACAUAAAGGUAUGGAAGAAAGACGUGGCUUUGAAGCCCAUUUCAGCACACAUGAGCUCCAUUUUCUCAGUUUGUAUGGAAGGAGAAUGGUUGUUCAGUGGUGGUUGGAACAAAACUGUUGUUGUACAGAAACUAUCUGUUGAUGAUGAUGAUGUGACAGAAAUUGGAAGUAUUUCUGGUGAUUCGGUUGUCACUGCAUUGCUUUAUUGGCAGGGAAAGCUUUUUGUUGGCCAGGCUGAUAGAAUAAUCAAGGUAUACAGUUUUGGAGGAUGAUUUGGAAUCUAUGAAGGAGAAUAGUUAAAAGCUUCUUCAUGGUAUGGUUAUGACUUAUGAGGUUAUAAGGUGAGUGGCAAUAUUGUAUUGUAUGAGGAUAUAACUAUUUUAAAGAUUUUAAAAUGUGUACAUAUAAACAUACUACUAAACAUAUGCAUAUAUGAUAUACCCACCCACAUA